UGAGCGACCAUCGAUCGUCAAGGCCCUCCGGCUCGAGGCCGUUCCGAACAACGCCAUGGCGAGUCCGGACGCCUCGCGCCACUUCAAGCGCAAGGCCACCAUCAAGAUGAAGAAGGAAGCGUUCGCGGCCUUCCGCUUCGUCUCCGGCCGCACCGACCGCAAACGCAGCGCCAGCGCCGCGGCCCAAUGGAAGGACGCAACCUGCGGCCGCCAAGGAGAAAGCCGAGCAAGACGAGCCCACUGCAAUCUCGCCUCUCGCAGCUCCAACAGACCGCGAAGCCAUCCAAGACGCGCUCGCCACGAUGAGCAAGGCCUUCGAGAAGCAAGCCAUGGCGACGAGCGCCAUGAAGGCUCAAGGCCGCUUCAAGACCUCUUCUCGUGGCACGACCACAACAUUUGUGGUCUGCAUGAUCUGCGGUGCCAACGCGCAUGCGCACUGCGCGACGGCUCGCUCCAUGCCCGCCCACUGCAUGUGCAAGCAGGCGGCCGUCCUGUCCGGCUCAACGUGCGACUGGGGCCCGCGCCACGAGCUCGAGCUGCCCGCCAAGUUUGCGCGGAUCCCGCAGCCCAAGGCGGAAGUCACGCCCCCGACGACCCGCGGCCGACGUGUUUUCGUGCCCAUGGGCGUCGUGCCGGCAGGGUUGUUGAUCAAGCACCGGUACUCAAGCACGCCAGCUGCCCUCGACGUCGAAAUCGAGCUGCCGUCCGAGUGGAAGGCCAAGACGCUCUUGGUGCUCAUCAACGGCGGAAGCGGUGGCCAAAUGGGUGACAAGAUUGCGAAUGAUUUGCGCAAGCUGCUCAACCCGCUGCAGAUUUACAACAUCUCGGGCUCUUGUCCCCCGAUCGGUCCCUUGACGCCGUUCAAGACGGUCAAGGGGCUCCAAAUUCUCGCGUGUGGCGGCGCGGUUGGCUGGGUACGUCUCGUGCAACAUGGCGACGCGCACUCUUGUACGACUGCGAUAGGUGCUGCAAACCAUCGACGAGGUUGGGUUCGAGACGCCUCCACCCGUCGCGAUUCCCCCGCUGGGUACCAACAUUGACCAUAGUUAUUUGGCCUUGGUACCGGCAACGACGUUGGGCGCGUUUCGGGCCGGGGUGGUGGCGACACUCCGAAUCAGCCCAUGAGCCGCCGCAAGAUUUGAUCCGACUCUUUACAGCACGAGCGCCCCGCCGCGCUAUUUCGACUGCUGGAUCGUCCAAUGUGUUUGCGGUCGAAGGCACACCUCCUUUCACGUUGACCAUCCAGCAGUCGAAGAAGCACGGCUGGGCGCUCGUAAGGUCCGCCUUGGACAACGACUUUCGUACUUUGCUAGUCAUAAUGAUUGUAAUCAAAUGUCC